AUGGCCCUCUUCGCAUCACCCGAUAAGUUCGUCUUCAAGUACUUCAAGGUCACCUCGUACCCAAAACUUCUGCCCACUCACAGCUCCGCCGUUGAAGACGGGCACUUGAAGCUUCGGCAGCGCGACUCGCUAGCUUGGGUAGACGCCAUCAAGGUCCUCGGCAUCAUCAUCGAGUCCCGCGGAACCAACAUCCAAACGGUCAUCCAACGACGUGGGCAGUACGGACACAAUGCUUACUACUUCUACCGGAACUGGACUGAGUACGCCAAUGGAUUCGGAGAUCCUGAUGAUGAGUACUGGAUUGGUAACAAAGCUCUGCACGCCCUUACGUCAGAGAAAGAGAACAUGAGUCUGCGAAUUGUACUAAGUAACAGCACUGAAGAGACUGUGUCCUUUGGCUACGAGACUUUCGCAGUAGCAAAUGAAACGCAGUCCUUUCAACUUCAGUUGGAAAGUUUCUCGGGUAGCGAAGAGUGGGACGCAAUGGGACAUCUUUCAGGCCAAAAGUUUUCAACCUACGAUCGUGACAACAGUCUCUAUAGGCUCAACUGUGCGGUGCGUUUUCGAGGAGGCUGGUGGUACAGUAAUUGUCUCGGUGGUAACCUAAACGGGCUGAAUCUUAAUGGCCAUCACGAUAGCCUGGGUGAUGGUAUUGUGUGGGAAAAGAGCCCUAUGAUUACUUAUAUGUUGCACUACUCUUACCCAAAGGUUCAAAUGAUGAUACGACCAGCAGAUAGGUAGUGGACUAAACUUUGUUAGGUGGUAUUAAAAGAUGCGCGUGGUUUGAUUGAUUCAGUACAUGUAUCUAAGAAAAACCGGCACACGCACCACACGCUAUCAUUUUGCCCCUUAAGAAUCAAGGUCAUUAUUUUUGUUCCAACAGAUUAAGUGUCUGUAGUUUGUACCAUAUGAACACGCAAUAAAUCCUGUUCUAGCAAUAAA